CGAUUGAUUUUGACCAAAUUUGACUAGUGAUUUUGACAUUAAAGCAGAUAAAUGCUGCUCUUCUACUUCAAAAUGAUCCCAAGGAACGAAUGAAAUCAACGAAUAAUCAUUAUGAGCUUCAAAAAGACAAAUAAUUCAAAAAUUAAGUCGUUUGUUACCGAGGAGGAAGCCCAGGACGCCAAGGAGAAACGUCAAAAGGAAUGGGAAAGAGUCAGAAAGCCCGAUGACCCUUUAGAAUGUCCAGAUGUGCAACCAAAAAGUUUAUUUGAACAGCUUCAGGCCCAGAAAGAAAAGGCACAACAAGAGCAUGACGAGAAAUAUGACAUCAAAAAAAUGUUCCGCGGGAUCGAUAAUGACGGCUGUCUUCUCGAGUUUGCUUCCAAGCAACAGGCAGAAGUUGACCGCAGACGUUUUGCUCUCACUCCAGAGAUUAAAGACUACAGAGAUGAAGUUGCAAAGUUUAAUAUGACUGUAGCCGUCUCAACCCCAGCUGCUGUGGGAAAAGAAAAAAAGAAAGCCUCCAAUGCUUUAUUGGGAAAGAAGAAAUCACAGUUGGAACUAUUGGCUGGCUGCAUUAAACGACGGCGGAGUGAUGUGGAGACGAGCGAGGACGAAAAAUCUGACGAUCAAAACUUCUCCAAAAAAGAGUCAGCUGUCGAAAAAUCGUCACAAAACGAGGAAAAUUUUGAAAAGACCUCGGAAUGCAAAAACUCUGAUACAGAGACUAAACACUUUCCACAAACUGCGAAAAAGGCGCAAGAAAAAGACGAAAAUGGUUCGGUUGCCUACAACCUUGGCUUCAUAGCGAGUCUUGGUGACUACUCAGACUCUAGCGAUUCGGAAUCCUCAUCAAGCGACUCGGAUAUUUUACCAUCGCUUUUAAGUAACAUCGAAUCAAAACCGACGAACUGAAACUUCAAAAAUCAAAUUCGGAAUUACAAGAAGGGCAUUCGCCAUCAUUUGGAUUUGACGUUAAGCUUUGGGAAAAUCGAAUGCUUUUAAGAUUGAACAAAAUGACAUUAGUAAAUAUGGCAUCAAGUCAACAGAUUGCAAAUUCCAUCAAUUGUAAGUUGUAAGUCAUGAUAAAUUUUAAAAUUGGAUCACGUAUUGUUUCAGCUGUGAAAUGAAAACUUGACAUUCGCGAUAGCUCAAAUAUUUCUUUGAAUAAAGGCACGUUUCGAAACAAA